AUGACUUCUCAGAAAAGGCCGGCCAGCCCAUCAUCUGAGGAAACCUUCUCUGAUGAUGCGUCUGAUACGUAUGAUGGGGAUAGUGAAUGGGAGAAGAUAGCACAAGACCCAGUCAAGCGAGUUGCAUUUGAAAGAAAGUGUAUUGAAGAUGAGCUUACAAAUGAGAAACGGGUGAUUAUAUUGCAAGACAAUCCUAGCACCAGAAGCCACUGUCGCUUCUGGGAAUGCAUUCCUACCAAGUUGAAUGGAGAACCUAAUAUCAGGUCUGCAUUUCGCUUCAAUGUCAAGGACCUUUCUGGUCGUUACUAUGAGCCGAACAAGUACUACCAUGUGUCAUGUAUGGAGCAAAUAUUUCCUGACAUGCCUGCAUUGAUAGAGCGCGGGAUACUACAAAUGGAGGGGGGAGUCACCCAGCUGACCUCAGCCAGCUGGCAAAUAUCUCGCUUCCAUGACGCCAUUGAAGAUUGGUUCCACUAUAAAGGCCGUACCUUCGACGUGAAAACGUAUGAUCGUUUCAAAAGGAAAUAUGCCAAGUGGGACGGGGAAUACAGCACGGCAAUGAUCAACCAUCAGCUCGAAGCUCAUGGGCGCAGCUUCGGGGAUUGUGAGAAGUGUGGAAACAUACCGGAUGAACCACUGAAAAGGGACUAUUUUCCUGAAGAGCCUCGCAGCUGUCUGCUAAGCGAGGUCCUUGCAUCUGUCAUUGGCGUGCGACACUUGGACGAAGUAGAUGGGAACUCGAAGCCUCGACGUAUUAAGAAGGUUCGGCGCAGCUAG